CGGUCUUUGUAAACAAACCAUGGAGGACACGUUCAUGCCCUAAGCUAAAUUGCUCAGUUUUCUGUUUGGUCUACGACAACACGGACGAUAGUACAAGUGGAAAGUGUAGAUUGAAAAUAUUUAAGUACCGACAUUGUUCUGAGAGAUGUUGGUAAGAAGCAGGAGCUGACUUCCUAGUAAUGAUGCGCUGCUAAUUAACGGCUACCCAGUCCAGUCAUAGUAGCAGGCUAGCUCUAAUGGAAGUGUUUACACAGAUACGAUUAUCGCUAUAACGUGAUUAUUACCAUUUUGUUUAUUGUUUAAAAAGUUGGAAUCAGCAGGAAUUUUAUACGUUUCCCGUUUCGACACCUUGUCAUUUUUUGAGGAUGAAACCGCGCUUUAAAACCACAAUCGGGAGCAAAAGAGACCGUGAAACCAUGGCUACCGCCGCCCAGGGUUCGUCGGGGUUGGUAUUGAGCACCGAGAUUUCCUUGUCUUUUCAGGACGAACUUGCUGCCACGAUCCACGGCGCUUUUGAAGUGGCCGUGGAGAUAGCUGUGCGAGAGGUCAGCAAACUGGUGGGACAAGCCUUUGGCGACGUGCGCGACCAAAUGCACGAAACGCUGCGAGAGAACAAGACUCUGAAAUUGCGCCUGGAGUCAGCCGAGAAAGAAUUAGAUUCAGCACGUUCGUGUGCAGCAGGAGACGGCCAAGUCCCGUUAUCAGUCAGUCAUUCGAGCCAGCCAGAUAGCCCGCACAAUAACGACAGACUUAAAGCUGAAAAGCACCUCAGAAACUGUGAGGAUCCGGCCAAGACCUCUGUGAGUGUCUCUGUAAAGAAAAAGUGUGAUUAUCUCAUUGUGGAGGCCGAGGCAAGCUGUGAACGCCUUGACGGUACUUUCAGUGAGAUCUGUGAGGACGGCAGAGUGUGCUCACAAACCCUGAACAGGACACCGGGUGAGGAAUUAGUCCCUGCUGCAAUCAUGGAAAAAGAUGUGAAACAACAUUCACUGGCUCCAUGCUUACCAAAUGAGAAGAUGGCAAAUCACUAUGAUCAAUCAGAUCUACAUGAGGAGGAUGUGUCCUAUGAAUCCUCAGCAGACCUUCAGGUGAAAGAGGAGAAGCCAGAUUUGGACCGCGCCUCUGGUUCCAUCUCGGGCUCAGACUCCCAGCUCGGUUUCGAUGAUGUGGGUGAGGACCCAGACGACGGCUUCUCACUGGCCCAGUCUAAGAUGCUGGAGGACUGGAGGCCAGAUCCCCUGGGCCUGCCCGGGUGUGAGGCCAACACGCUCAGCCAAGACGGCAGCCAUGGCCUGGCCCACCCGGCCCUCACCAUGCAGGCUACUGAGAUGAGCUCCUCGUCAGUGGGCAGCCUGCCGGUGUUCCCCGGCCUGUACCAGCCCGGCGACCCGGUUCCGCUGCCCCUUCCGCCCCCUCAGGACUACAGCGUUGCGGUCCGGCCCAACCUCCCCGCGCUGCCCCCGUCCUUCAAGCAGCACGUCUGCAAGAUCUGCGGUCGGCCCUUCCAGCGGCCGAGCGACCUGCGGCGGCACCAGAGCCAGCACCACCGCUCCAAGCCGGCCAACAGCGCGGGCCCGCGGCCCGGCGGCCGGCCGCCCAAGCAGCAGAAGUUCCCGCCGGGCCGCAGCCCGUACCACUGCGGCGAGUGCGGCCGCGACUUCAACCGCAUGGAGAACCUGAAGACGCACCUGCGCAUCCACACCGGCGAGCGGCCGUACACCUGCUCGGCGUGCGGCGUGCGCUUCCGCCACUCGGGGGCGCUCACGCGCCACUUCCGCAUCCACACGGGCGAGAAGCCCUACGUGUGCGGCCAGUGCGGCAUGUCCUUCCGGAACAGCGGCGGCCUGCGCUUCCACCAGAGGCUGCACAACCGACAGACUCAGGCGGUGAUGGGACAAUAAACUGUCUGUGUGAGUUAAACGCUUGAACGUUGAUCUUCGGGGUCUCCAGCAACUUGGCUACAGGUGGUCUGUUGUGUAUUGGGCUGGACUAGAUAGUGAACUGUUUCUGCAGUGAAGUAGUUAGGAACAGAUGUGAGAGUUUGGACUGGAGGUUUAGACAGAUGCUGUCAGGGUCAUGGUUAGGUCACCAAACUCAUACAAAGUGGAUACAGUUAGGUGGAUGGUGCCAUCUGCAGGCCAGUGUUCAAAGUGGUUGAAACAGCCUUUUUAAUUGGAGCUACUCCCAGCUUGGGACGAUUCAGUGCAAACACAUGCUUGACGACUGAAGUGAAUGAAAAAAUCAGUUGGUACAAUUUUCUAUGAGCCAGCUGGUAGUGUGUAGGGGCACUCACUCAACUGUCGUCAGCGUCAGACUGUAAUGCUCUUUGCUGUUCUAACUAACUCAUCAGAAUAGUUCAAUACAUUUUUAAUGAACAAACACAACCAUGUGGUUUUGUUUUCACAGAGCGGAGGCCAUACACUAUGGAAGUGGAAAUGACAAUACCACAAUGUUGAGAAUACACACUUUCCCUAAACAUUCUGUGUGUGUGUGUGUGUGUGUGUGUGUGAGUGUUUUCAGUCAAGCCUUUGGUGAGAAAACCUGUACCUUUUGAAAGAGUUCUCAAAUGGAGAAAAUUGCUUGUUCUCAGAUGAACAAUUCGCGGGCUCAGUGGUGGCCUUGAGAGGUUCCUCUCUGGCGCUUCCCAUUAGAACAGAUGACAAAGGCAAGGGUCACACUACCAGGUCAAUUCUGAUUUUCUCACUUGAAACCGUGUGAGCAGUAGCCUAGAAAUCUAGAAGCCACCCGGGGUAGUCUAGCAACUCUCCGUUGACUUGGGAGCUUGGGGGCUGGGCCAAUCACAUUGUGUAUAGAGUCGGUAGGCGGGCAUAACAUAAUGACAACUGACCUGCGACGAGAAGUUGCGACCAUUAAGCAUCCUGUUACUUGAAAACAAGAUGAUUCGUCUAGCGCUAUCCUAUUGCGUGGAGAGGGAAUUUGAAAGACAACCGUUUGUCCCCUCCCUCCGAUUGAGCCCUGCCUAUGGUGAGUUUCUAGACCCUACAUCUUGAUGUGGGUCUAGCUCGUUAUAUGUGAACAGCGCAAAUCACAUGAAAUCUACCUUUUUCAGUUGUUCUUUGGGCCACUUCCGUAUGUGGUUUAAUUCGAUAUAGGAUGCGAAGCUAGUCAGUCGCCCUAUGGUGUGCUGCGUGUGAGUUCGUUCGUUCGUUCGUUACAGUCCACAGAGGUGGGAAUCUGAUAUUGGCCACAUUUAAUAAAAAAACAAUGUGAACAGCCACACGACAAAAUCGAAUACGAGCAACAAAAUCUGAAUUGAGCUCUAAGACCCAUGCUGUGACCCUAGUCGAAGUGUACUGAGGGAAAGAGGUUUUUGAAGACAUCAUUUCAAGCUAGGCAGAGAAGUGGCAUGUCAUGUCUAGCAUCACGCGCACAAAUAACCAAGAGUAUAUGAGCAAUGCACUCCCAUCCAUGCAAUAUGGAAACGAUGGAUUGUAAUGUCUUGUCUUUGUGUCAUACAGGAUAAACUCUACAUUUCUAACUAUAUAUUUAAAGAAGUGCAGGAUUAGGAGAAAGACUUAAACUAACAAUGUCAUUUAUUUUUGCUCACACUGAAAUAGAAACAAACAGACCUCAGCAUUUUGAAAGGUGCUUAAAAUCCUUACAUGGGCUUAUCACAGAUGUGCCUGUCAACCAUCCCUAAGUUUGUCAGGUUGUUUAAGUAGAGGCAUAUGCGUAAGCAAGCAGUCCUCUCUGCAAUAAACUGAACAAGUGCAGUAAGACAUUAACUUGUGUAAUGAAGAUCCUAUAUGAUCAUGUAUUUGGACAACCCCCAGUAUGUUUUACCUUUGAACUCGAAUGACUUGAUGGUUCCUAAUUGAAUUGUAUUAUUUAGAAAAGUACUCAAUAGGCUCUUCUCAACGUCUCUCCUCGGUCCUCUAGCUCGUUCCCACUGAUCUACAUAAAGAAUGAUAGGGCGGCAACAAUGGGAUAGCCUAUCUGGUGUUCUUUAUAGAUCAGUGGGAAUGAGCCGGAGGAUCGAGGAUUGAGGAGAGACGUUGAGAAGAGCCUCAACAUAUGACUGUUCUUUACCAACGGUAAAUCCCUAAAUGGCUUGAGGAUGGAUGUUAGCAGAUGGCAGAGGAGAAGGUGGCUGUGCCGAACUUGACCGUAUAGUGGAAUCAAGGGGGUGAAAGAGUUGGCUUUUUGUCACCGUACAUCUCAUGGGGACUCCAGAACCAGCAGGGCCCCAUUCUCUGAAUAUGCUGUUCAGGACACCUGGGGUGCAUUUCACAAAGCCCUGGAAGCCAUACGACUCUCACACACGCUAAAUUUCACUCCUAAAACACAGAUUUGUGUUCUGUUUAUAGUUUUUAUCUGCAAAUACUGCAUCUGUGCAACUAAUUGAAUAAUACGGUAUUCCCUGUGAGCAUAAUGUCACUUAGGUCCUAACCGUUCAAACACUAUAGGUGGCUUUUUGCCUCCAUAAUCCAUCGAUAUUGCCUGGCAUCAUGCGGCAUAAACCCAGGGACUUGGGAGUCGGGAGGGUUUUAUUUGUUGUUUGUACAUUUUCUAAACACAAGGUUUAACUUCAUGACAAACUAAAUGUGCUACUAUUGUUUUGUAUUCCCUUGAAACACAAUCAUAACUGUCAUUGUUUGGACAUGGGUAAUAGAAUAAAGUCUUAACCUCUGUCAGACUAUGUCUUUAUUUA